AUGGAUGAUAUGCUGUGGGGGGCUGUUAUGGGUUUUCUUUUGGCCUAUUGGAUGUGCGAUGUGGUUGCGGCGGGAGGAGGGGGUCUGGAGCUGGAGGAAGGGGGUUGCUGUGUUUGUGGGGGUCUUGGUGAAUGUUGCAUUUGGGGCUAUGAGGAUUAUGAAUUAGGUGGUGCUAUAAGCGGCAUUUAUCGAAUGAUUCCACUAUGGAGACAGGGAGUAUAA